AUGUUCUACACUGCUGUUACAUCCGUUCUUUUGUUAGGUUCCGGUUUCGUUGCGAAGCCAACAGUUGAUAUUCUUGCUGCGACCCCGGGCAUCACCGUCACCGUCGCGUGCCGCACGCUCUCCAAGGCCCAGGAGUUGGCCGGCUCCGUUGCCAGCGCUAUUUCUUUGGACGUCUCCGACGAAGCUGCCUUGGAUGCCGCUGUGGCCAAGGCCGAUGUCGUGGUCUCCUUGAUCCCAUACACCUACCACGCGACCGUGGUCAGGUCUGCGAUCAAAAACAAGGUCCACGUGGUCACCACCUCGUACAUCAACCCGCAGUUGCGCGAGUUGGAGCAGCAGAUCAAGGACGCCGGGAUCAUUGUCAUGAACGAGAUCGGUCUCGACCCGGGUAUCGACCACUUGUACGCCGUCAAGACCUUCGACGAGGUACACAGAGCAGGCGGAAAGAUCAAGUCCUUCUUGUCCUACUGCGGUGGCUUGCCAGCCCCUGAAUGUUCCGACAACCCGUUGGGCUACAAGUUCUCGUGGUCCUCUCGCGGUGUCUUGUUGGCGUUGAGAAACUCCGCUCAGUACUGGAAGGAUGGCGAGAUCGUUUCCAUCAAGUCGGAGGAUUUGAUGGCCUCUGCCCAGCCAUACUACGUUUAUCCGGGUUUCGCGUUUGUUGCCUACCCGAACAGAGACUCAACUGCCUACAAGGAGUUGUACAACAUCCCAGAAGCUGAGACUGUCAUCAGAGGAACAUUGCGCUACCAGGGCUUCCCAGAGUUUGUCAAGGUUCUUGUCGACUUGGGCUUCUUGAAGGAGGACGAGUCUCCAUUGUUCCAGACUGCCGCCCCAUGGAACAAGGUCUUUGCCGGGUAUAUUGGCGCUCCAUCCACCUCCGAAGCGGACUUGGUUGCCACCAUUGAAGCCAAGGCUACCUUCAAGUCAGAAGCUGACAAGACCAGAAUCAUCUCCGGUCUCAAAUGGUUGGGUUUGUUCUCCGAUGCCACCUCCAUUACCCCAAGAGGAAACCCGUUAGACACCUUGUGCGCCACCUUGGAAGACUUGAUGCAGUACGAGACUGGCGAGCGUGACUUGGUUGCCCUCCAGCACAAGUUCGGCAUUGAAUGGGCCGACGGCACUACUGAAACCAGAACCUCCACCAUGAUUGACUACGGCAACCCAGACGGCUACUCCUCUAUGGCCAAGACCGUUGGUGUUCCUUGUGCCGUUGCUGUCCAGCAAGUUUUGGAUGGCACUCUUAAGGGUCCGGGCUUGUUGGCUCCAAUGACUCCGGAGAUCAACAACCCAAUUAUGAAGACCUUGAAGGAAAAGUACGGGAUCUUCUUGGUUGAAAAGACUGUUUCUUAA